AAAGAGAGAGAGACCCCUCAACUUGGAGCAGGCAGAAUCUCAGCAGCCAAGGGGAGGCAGGAAAAAGAAGACGGGAGAGAGAGAGAGCGAGAGAGAGAGAGGCAAGAGACGUCUGGAAAAUAUUAUCCACCCGCUACUUCCAACUGCUGAGGCUGCUUGCUGCUGCUACGCCGCCGCCGAGCCUGAGAUAGAAGUUCCAUUCAGCCCGGACCAAAGAGAGAGAGUGAGACUUUUUUUUUCUUCCCUCUUUUGCCUGUUGAUGCUGCGCCGCCUUCAACUUUUCUUAGCAACUUCUGCGGCGGGCGCCUGGACUCUCCACCGCCAGGAACAAGCCCACCGUCUCCAUCUCUCUGGAAGCCAGCUUUGAGAAAAAAAUAAGGAAGGGGCAAGGAAAUUUGAAAAAAAAGGCCAGAAACUUGAAUUUUUUUAGGGAACUGGGAUCCAGGUGGGGGAGAAAAGAUCCCCCUUCUGCUCCCUGUUUUCUUCCCCAUGGUUUGCAGGCCGUUGGGAUCCACCCCCUCCAAACACCCUCCCGAAAGCGUGAGUUGAUCUAUUACCUCAAUCUGGGGGGAGAGGGCUUCCCGGUCUCCGCACCGCGCCGACGGCCUCUUUGUAGAUCUUGGAUGAGCAGAGAAGAACUGCAAGGUGAGUGAGGGUUGCUUUUUUUAAAAAAAUAAUAAUAAUGGCAAUUUUAUUUCUGUUUAGGUUUCUUGCAAGAAAUCGGGUUGGGGGGAUUGGGGGGGAUUUAUUUAUUUUUAAAUAAGAGGCGGACAUUGCUUCCGAGGAGGGGGACAGAGAAAUGUUAGUGUUUGUGGAGCGCCAUCGAGGCAACUCGUUGCGCGCGUCUGCCUUUUAAACCGAUGGGAACGCAGGUCUCUGCCCCGAGGAACAGCCUAAUUUAAUUGCCGUUGAUCACCUGAAGCUUCUUUCAGAUAAUGCUGUGCAUCUCUUUACUGCAUCCUGUCUUGGGGAAGCUAAAUUUAACACCUAGGCUACCUUGGGCGCGUCUUCAGGGCGCAGGAAACGAUCCUGCCAAGGUCAACCGCGUUUUAAGGCUGCAAUUCUGCGCGUACUUACUUGGGAGCAAAGCUCGUGUGGGCCUAAGCAUAGUUAGGGUUUUUUUUGGGGGGGUGCGCUUCUCUUCUACUGGGGGAAAAUGGUAUUGGGAAGUGUUCACCUUUAGCCGGAUCUUGCCCGUUUUCCUUAUCCUGGUCUAUAAAUCGUUUACCAACCCCGAGUUCUGCAAAUGCAUUAAAGAUCGAGGAUCGAGCGCCAGGGUUUUGUGGCAGAACAGAACUUACUCGCGAGUAAACCCCAUUGGAAGGGGCUUGUGGAGGAGUAAAUGCAUCUAGGUCCUCCUAGUCUCUUCUCUCAUUUCCGUGAUAAUUGUGGGAACAUCCAUAAAAUCGAUGGAGGGAAAUCAGUAAGUCUACUCGCAAGUAACUGGUGGGGAGGCGUGUCUUGUACGCCUAAGUAAAGGAAUAGUUUUUUUCCUCUCGGCUUGCAAGAAAUAUAUAUCACACGUAUGAACACACCUAUGUAAGCUAAAAGGUUCUUGGGAGAUUUGAAGACAUUGAUCUGGUUCCAAAAUAUCAAAGGAGCGAGUCUAUCCCGGAAGGCGGGUCUGGUUUCCCCUUCUCUCUCUUUUGGGCUGCAUACACUGUAGCUAUUUAGACACUUGUAAAAACAUGAAACGUGACUUUGCCACGCCCUCCCCUCCCUUCCCGGUUUCAAAUGGGUGGAAGAGAGUGGAGAAGGAACCUGGGAAGGAGCAGAAGGCGAGAGGGGGAGGGGUGUGGGUGUCAGAUUCCCAGUGAUUUAUUUAUUUAUUUAAGGAAGGGGGGAGAGGAUGUCUCAGCAACCUACAAACCGAGCCAGAAUCGGCCAAUACAUUUGACUGGCGGGAGAAAGGAGCUGCUCCGCAACGCUUCCACCUACGGAACGCGCUGCCACAAUAUGGGAGGGUAGCUGGGUGGCUGGGGCGCGCUCUUGGCAUCUUUCGUUUUUCUUUUUCUGAAAGACGCAUUGAUGGGAGCUACAGAUCUGUCAAGGCAAAGGCUGUGAAACGAAGGAGCCGUGUUCAAAUGCAAUCUGAAUAGCCAGAUGCUGCGGUGGUAGUGAGGAACAUCUGGCUAUUGACACCCCCCCCCGCCAGCGACCAUGGCCAGAGCUGCUGGGAGUUGGGAGUCCAGCAACAUCUGGAGAGCCGGUCUCCCCCUCCCCUCUAUGGAAGAAACAUCUGUCUGCUCGGUGUUUGGAGAGGGGUGUGUCUGGUUUGGUGAACCCUUUUUGGAAGACGCUUCGAAAUGCUUCGGGGGGAGGGAAGGGAAGCAGAGAUAGGUACCCACCCUAUAUUAACACGUGGGCACCCUGACUCCUCCACCCCACCCUCAAGAUCUGAGAGUGCCUCUUUACUCAGGCCUUAAGCCUCGCUGGCUUCAAAGUUGUCUAUGCGUAGGAUCGCUGCCGCAGCUGGGCGCCGUUUUACAGGAGAGGAGCAAUGCAACUCCUCGCCUCCAGGCCUUGCAAGGCUCAAUGCUUUGCCACCCAAGUGCGGUGUGUGGCCGUGGAUCGGGGCGAGGGUUUUGCUUUGGUUUUUUCCGGGUGGGCAGGGUUGAGAUCCUCUGCUUUGGAGGAUGGGGCGCGCCGGCAGGCGAGGGAAAUGGAAGGACGUGGCAUCGGCUCCGGAGCCGCGCGCGUGCAGGCAGGGGCCGAUCCGCUCUCCCCCCAUCCGUGGGGCAGGACAAAGAGACAGGCUUGAGAGGAGGCUGCGCUGGCCCCGGCUUGGCAACCGCCUGCCGGGCUCCAAGAUGCCUAUCUCUCUCUCUCCAUGCCCUGGAUAGAAGCCACCUCAUUGUUUCGUUCCCACUGCCCCCCCCUUUUUUUAUUGCUCCGGAUUCAGCAGCCUUUCUUCCCUCGUGGGAAGGCGCAGCGAGUUUAAAAGCAGGGUCCUUUUGCAAAAGACCCAAUGCAAAAGUGUCUGGUUGCAAAAGGCUUCGACAGGGCGCAGCUGGAGCGGUUCAAUUAUGGGGAGGCGGGGAGAAGAGACCGUGGUUAUGGGCCAGAGUCCAGAGAGGCGACCCACACGUGCGCAGCAUUCGCCCCUCCAGCGCAUGAAAACAAGCCCCGGCCUGCCUGCAGCCCCGCGCCCCCUUGCAAGCCCGGGGAGAGGCGUCUGAAGCCCCGGCCGCUUCCUAAUCCCCGCCUUCCCUUUUUGCAGAGCGAGCAAAAAAAAGAAGAGCGAGGUCGCUCAGCAAAAAGCCAGGCAGACUUUUAUUGCAGGCUGGGAACCCACGUGGCAGCAGGCAAGACCCGAGAUGCAGGGAAUGCCGACGAUGAGGUCACUGUGUGGGAGGGUCCGCCUCCUCCUUUAUGACGCGGCGCCGCACCGUCUCCUGAUUGGCUCCGGCGGUCUGGAAGGGGUUCCCCCGGCCGAUCCGUGAGACAAGCAUGAGGGAAAUGGGGACUUUUUCUACAGCUGGCGCCUCUGAGAGGGAAGAGAAAAAGGAGACGUUUCAAGGGGGUUCUUGGCAUAAGAAGCUCCUUUCGACUUCCCAGCCCUGCCUAGAGAGUCAGGGGAUGGAACCUGGGAUCUUCUGUUCUCCCACGGAGCUCAAACUCCCCUCCCCCUUUAUUAUUAUUUCAGAAUAAAAAUUUGAGCCCAGCAGAUGUGGAAAUGGAUUGGAAAACAAAGAAGAAAUACGUUGGGGGCGGGACGGGGACUCCUAGAAGUACUUAAUUUACAAAAUAGAACAUCCAGAAAGUAUAAAAUCAAGUAUAAAGUUCUUAAAUCAGCAUCUGCGUAAGGAUACGCUCCCAAAUUAUAACUAUAAAUGAGUCUCUUACAUAUGUACGUUAAGUAUUAUAGGAUGAUUAGGGCUGCCAUACAUUUGGGAUUUCAUAGGCGGAAUUGACGUCUGUUGUUUUUUUUUUUAAUUUGACGGGGGGGAAUUUACAAAAGAGCGCAGGUUUUUGUGUGUUGUGUUUCCUUCCUAAAGAAAGCUCAGCAGCUUUGGGGUGUCCUGGUUUUUACUUUUUUGAAACAUAGCAACCAUAAGGAUGAUACUUUCCUCAAUAUCCCUUGAUGUUCUUGCUCUUAUUUUGAAAAGAUAAAUUAAAUUAAAAACUUAUUUUGAUAUUAUACUGCACUGAAAUGUUUAACUGUUUCUUUGAUUGCCCUUGAAUCUUGCCAUCACACUUGCCAUCCUGUCUCUGAGAGCUGAUGGGUUAUUAUACCAUAUAACUGCUCUAGAAACAUGGGGCUUGAAGGUUAAGCAUUUUUUUUUUAUCCCAUUGAUUUUGGGGGUUGGGAGGGAGAUUUAAAGCAGGUGAUUGUGUGCUUCAGAUGGUGACUUCAUACUAGGGAGCGAGUCCCACAGAGCUCUGUAAACAUGCUUAGGCUUGCCUUUCUCUAGCCCCUGCCUUACAAACUGCAUUUAUUUCCUUAGACUUCAAUAUGAGUCCGUGUGCUCACUUUUCCUAGUACAGUGGUACCUUGGUUUACAACCAUAAUCCGUUCUGGACGUCCGGUUGUAAACCAAAACAGGUUGUAACCCAAGGCGCGCUUUCGCCAAUGGGGCCUCAAAAAAAAGGGGGGGUUGUAAUUUUUUUAAAAUGGGUUGUAAUUAAAAAAAAGGGACACGCACUUCUGGGUUUGACGUGGUUGUAAUCCAAAACAGUUGCAAACCAAGGUAUACAAUACACAAGGUUGUGUACAAUAAAAUCAAAGGAAACAGAGGCGAAAAGGAGUCACCCAGGUACAAAACCUAUUUCCAUAGAUGCAGGCUGCAACUAAUAACGUUUUACCUGUGUUGGAAGGCAGUUAUGUUCACCUGCAGAAGCAUGAGAAUUGUCUUACCAUUUUAGUAAACAUGUUUCAUGUACAAAAGGAAAAUAACUGGGGGCGGGGAAGAGUGACCCCACUCCCAAAUAAAAGGAUUAUUUUAGAUUUUAACCAUUUAAAACAGAUGUGGGGAAUCGGUGGCCCUUCAUAUGUUGUUGGAUUCUAGCUCUCUCAGUAUUGUUAGCCAGCAUGGCCAGUGGUCAGGGAUGACGGGAGUCAAAGGUGCCAGCUUUUCCAGAUGAUUGAGGGGCCUGACGUAAGUCUCAGGGAGCCAGGGGGUGGAGCCAAGCGCCCUCUGGAAAUUGAAGAGGCCUGGUCCCGGCCCCCUCAAAAAAUACAUUGCCGUUGGGGCCAAAACUGCAUUGGCCCCUAGGUGUCUGCCCCCAACGAUGGGUGUUCAACAUCUGGAAGGUCACAGAUGCCCCACCUUAGAUUUGUGGGCUUUGUUUGUAUAAACAGAACUCGGGGUUUGAGAUGAUGGGAAGGGACCCUCUGUGGCGUUAACAUAUGAGAGAGUCCUGGAGGUGAAAUAGUUAAAUGGGUUACCCAAUCAGAACCCAGGGGGGUGGAGUCAGAGGGACCAUAAAACCAGCUCUGGGAGGGGCAAAGAGAGAAGGUCGUUGGGAGUUGGGUGGUUGGUUGGAGUGGGAGUGAAUUGGGAUAGUUUGUGGGUAGGUUGAGUUAGUGUAGCGAAAUAGGCUGAGUCAGGAACAGUUAGGGGCUAGGAAGACAAGUAAAUAUCUGAGAGGUGGUUUAGUGAGUGAGAGCAGGUAGCGGAAGUUAUAGGUCUGGAUAGGCACCCCAUGAAUGUAAUUGACCAGUAUGGUUUAUGAAACCACAUGCUUGUUAAAUUGCAAGAAAUAACAAAAGUGUGUUUCAAUUUAACCCUGACUGGAUUCAGUAUUGUCCCAGGUAGGGCCUGGGUGGUGGCAGCGAGAAAUAAAGUGGUGGCACAGGGAUCAAUAGGCGGUGAAACGUCCGGGGACCCUGUGUGAUCGCCACACCCUCCUUCCAUGCACACAAUACAGUGGUACCUCUGGUUGCGAACGGGAUCUGUUCCGGAGGCCCGUUCGCAACAUGAGCAGGAUGCAACCUACGUCUGCGCAGGUCACGAUUCGCUGCUUCUGCGCAUGCGCAAGCGGCAAAACCUGGAAGUAACUCUUUCCGGUACUUUGGGUCCCCGCGGGACACAACCUGAAAAUGCUCAACCUGAAGCAAACGUAACAUGAGUUAUGACUAUAAUUGCACUCCUUCCUCUUGCCCCAGAUUGACCAACAAAGCAAAGGCAUCGCGGUUGGUAGCACAGAACAAUGGAAACAAAUAAUUGGCUGUAUCAAAAGUCCUUGGUGGUUGCAUCCAGCACGUGUGCUCAGAUCCUUUGAAGAAACCAAGGACCCGAGCACACAUACUGGAAGCAAGCUUCAUUCAAAUCAAUGGGAUAAUGCUGAGCAAAGACGCUUAGGAUCAGGGUAUUAGAGAGAAAUAACUUUCUCAAGGCCACAACAAAUCCAUAAGUAGAUUAGUCACCAGCCUUGAAGGCCGACUGGACCUCAUUGGCUCGCCACCGAAUGCUCUUUGAAAUAGUGUGUAACUGACAAGCCACAUAUAUUAUCCCCAGUGGUUUCUAGUUUCCACACAUCUUUAAGUAAUAGCUAUCAGCAGGAGCAGAAAAUAAAACCUACCACCACCCAGCAGUCUGCACAGGGAACAGGACAAUGAGACAGCUUUGAAACUUGAGACUUGGCCUUUUCAGUUCUCUUCCAACCCACUGAAAUGAGAUGCAUCAAUCUGCAAGCCAGCGGAGGCUGCAGUCCAACACAGGCAUGCAAAGGAAUGAGCCUCCUUGAAUUCACUGGGACUUUCUUCUGAGGAAAUCUGCACAGGCACAAACUAUCCCUGGGAAGCCUGUUCCACUGAAAUAGAUGAAGCUCGCUUUGCUGCAAAAUCCAGUUAAUUGAUUAGAGAACUGGAACUUGAGGCUAGUUUAGCUUCUGAUAGUUCAAAAUAUAAUUGCUGCUGAUUAAUCCAAGGAUAAUAGUGCUCCUUUUGCUUUGCGUUGUAUCAAGACCUGUGUGCUGGGAUGGUAAAUAAACCCAUACAUAAGAAGAACAAGGGACGCGGGUGGAGCUGUGGGUUAAACCACAGAGCCUAGGACUUGCUGAUCAGAAGGUCGGCGGUUCGAAUCCCCGUGACGGGGUGAGCUCCCGUUGCUCGGUCCCUGCUCCUGCCAACCUAGCAGUUCGAAAUCACAUCAAAGUGCAAGUAGAUAAAUAGUUACUGCUCCGGUGGGAAGGUAAACUGCAUUUCUGUGCGCUGCUCUGGUUCGCCAGAAGCGGCUUAGUUAUGCUGGCCACAUGACCGGAAGCUGUACGCCGGCUCCUUUGGCCAAUAAAGCGAGAUGAGCGCCGCAACUCCAGAGGCGGUCACGACUGGACCUAAUGGUCAGGGGUCCCUUUACCUUUACCUUUAGGGCUGAGAUUCAUGUUCUCCAGCAUAUUUUUACAGCAGGAGAAACCAGUGAUGCCUUCACCCUUAGUUGCAUUUGUCCUGUGUAACAUGAUCAUGUGACAUGAACAUAUCAGCUGGCUUGAGGAAACCCCAAGGUUUGCAGAAGUAUGACAAAUCUAUAGAAAGGGGAAACUCCAAAAACAGCUCAAUGAUGAGGACUAAGAGUAUAUGCACACUAUACCUUCUAAAGCAUAUUUGAAACAAGUUCUUUGCCUCCAAGAAUUCUCGGCACUGUCGUUUGCCCCUCACAGUUACACUCCUCACAAACCUGAACAAACUACAGUGCCCAGAAUUCUUUGAGGGGAAGAAUGUACCUUGAAGGUGCUUUGAAGGCUACAGUGGUACCUCGGGUUAAGAACUUAAUUUGUUCUGGAGGUCCAUUCUUAACCUGAAACUGUUCUUAACCUGAGGUGCCACAUUAGCUAAUGGGGCCUCCCGCUGCUGCCGCGCCGCCGCCGCACAAUUUCUGUUCUCAUCCUGAAGCAAAGUUCUUAACCCGAGGUAUUAUUUCUGGGUUAGUGGAGUCUCUAACCUGAAGCGUUUGUAACCCAAGGUACCACUGUGAAAUAUACUCGGAGUCGAGAGUGGAUUUCAUGCUCUUUAUUCAGCUCAUAGUGGUGAGGAGGAAUGGAAGUUCCCCCAGAAUGUCUGCUUUAUAUACAUUAUUUACACAAUGGGCCCCACGUGAUUGGCUAAUUCCGGGAUUCUCCUGUAGGCCAAUCAGGUCGCAGCUUCACUUCCACCUGGAGCUGGAUUGGGUGGCUCCUGUGGACCAAUCAGACUGCUGCAUUUUGGAUCCUAUUCAACUCAGUACAUAACACACUGUAUACUGUCUGUACACAAAUGUGCUCAGUGGGUACAGAAUGCUGGCUAACUUGAGAGGCAUUGAACAGAAAACUUGUAGCGGGGAGGAAUGUAAACAGAGUAGCUAGAAUUCUGAGCAGGCGCAUAAUGCAAUGUGUUGCAGGUCUCCUGUAGACCACUGUUCAGGGGGCAAAUACAGUUGUAUUGAUAUAUUUGUUAGCGUUCCAGCCAUUCACACAGUUUGCGAUUCUGCAAUGUGUACAUUUAGCCACCUCUACAUAACUAGCUGCUAGAGGUGCUUUGUGUUUUUUUGCUAAUUAUAUAGGGGGUUAGGUUCACUUUUAGCCAAUCCAGUAUUGCAGAGACUAUUUCCUAGCAUGUCUUUUCAUAGAGGGGCUCAUGUACAUGCACACAUCACUCCGUGACAGGAAUGUGCAAAAUAGCUACUGCAUGAUCUAACGUGGAGAAUGGUUUGAAAGAUUGCCAGAUAAAACCUCACUUUGGUCACAGGACAGGCUAACUAGGUGGCCUUAAGGCAAAUCCUCACCUCUUGCCUGGUUUUAUUAAGGAUUAGUCAAUGGCUACUAGUCCUGACGGCUAUGCAUUACUUUUAAGUGCAGGAGGCAGUAAACCGCUGAAUGUGAGUUGCCGGAAAUCACAAGUUGGGUGAGUGUGUCCUGCUUGUGGACUUGCUGCUUGUGGACUUGCUAUGUCUGGGCACACUUGGCUAUUGUAAGAGCAGGAUGCUGGACAAGACGGGGAUUUGGUUCUGAUCCACCAGGGCUCGCUCUUUGCUCUUUUUGGCCACCACUCACCCCAGCAAUAUGGCAACAAUAGCACUUGCCCUCCCUUACUGAGCCUGCUAGCAAUUGCAGGGAUAAGAAAUAGGAUGUGCUUUGAACACACGCAUAUGCAAUCCUAUGCACACUUACAUGGGAAUAAACAGCACUGGAUAAAGUGCAGUUUAUGUGCAUACAUAGGAUUGCACAAUAUGAAUGCAAAGUAUUAUUCUUACUUACCAAACACCCAACACUUUCACUUCCAGCACAAUAUUGUUCAAUAGAGGAUAUUCACAUGCUUAGUUAUGUGAGUCACUGGGUACUUCCAGCUUCACAAAAGCCUUCCUUUUUCUCAGUAUAGUAUCCACCCCUCCCCCUCAUUUAUUACUAAGAACUCAACAUUCCUUCCCAAAAUGUUGGCAUUCCCAUACUUUCCUCAUUGGCAUCCUUCAAAUGAUAUUUGCACCAUCUUUCUUUCUUUCUUUCUUUCUUUCUUUCUUUCUUUCUUUCUUUCUUUCUUUCCAACUCUUAGGGGCCAAGGUCCCUUUGGCACCCUCAAUAAAAUAUAUUUUGGGGGGGCACACAAACCUAAAGUUGAUCAGAAUUGCCAUUCAAAUGGUGUGUUUGUGCCAUGUCUACUGACUUGAUUAUGCGGGCCAGAACUUAUCUGGCCCCCUCCAAGAUUUUAUUCAAGUUGGCAUCCUUGGGUGCCGAUUUUAUACUCCCUAUCACUAAUCCAGAUUGGUUAGAACCCUUAUUUUGACUUAUCUGCGCUCUUUGGAAGCAGGGAGAGACCUUCAUUUUAAUGAAGUAAAGGUAAAGGGACCCCUGACCGUUACGUCCAGUUGCAGACGACUCUGGGGUUGUGACGCUCAUCUUGCUUUAUUGGCCAAGGGAGCCGGCAUACAGCUUCUGGGUCAUGUGGCCAGCAUGACUAAGCCGCUUCUGGUGAACCAGAGCAGCGCACGGAAACACCGUUUACCUUCCCGCUGGAGCGGUACCUAUUUAUCUACUUGCACUUUGACGUGCUUUCAAACUGCUAGGUUGGCAGUAGCUGGGACCGAGCAAUGGGAGCUCACCCCGUCGCGGGGAUUCGAACAGCCGACCUUCCGAUCGGCAAGCCCUCGUACCUUAACGAAGCAUGCCUACAGCUAAAAGGUGUAAGACUUGAGAGCAAUGGCGUAGGCAAACUGACAGUUCAGAAUAGGGCCCCACGCCUUUUAAUUCAGUGCUACUCGGAGACCCCGUACUGGGGUCUCUGAGAAUGUACAGCUGGUUUCAUGUUUAUAAUGGCCUGAUUUUUUUAUUAUUAUUUCUUUUUUCAUUAUUGAAAGCUGGGCUCUCUCCUGUUCUUUAAUUUGCACUUAAAACAGAGACCUGACAUCGGCUCUGUCUGAUCCCUGCAGCGAAGAUCAAUGACAUGUAAAAAAUCUGGAAAUGAUAAAUGAGCUAAGGCAACUGGGCUGCAGAGCAGUAAAGCCGUACAGAUGUAACAUAACUGUUCAGUUUCCCCUUCCAUUGGCUCUUAAAACUGGAAGGGGAAAGAAUGCUGACAGCUAUUUUAUGUUCAUAAUGAAUGAACGCUGGGAAUCAUUUGUACUUCAAAGAUGGAUUUGCUUCUGCUGCUGCCAAAAUUAAGUCUCAGCCAGCUUCCCAGAAAUGGGGGUGCCAAUCGGCUAAUGUAGCAAUCGGCUAAUGUUAUAAUUUACAGGUGCCUGCGUACGGUUCGAAUGUAAAUACAGUAAGUGUGAAUGUAGAGAUGACCACCCUCUGAAACUCCUCCUACAGCUUUUUGGAAGCUGAAGGAUGCAGCAGAUCUCUGGUUCAUCUGACUGGUUCCUGGCACAAUAGAGAAUCAUGUCUUGAAUUUGAGGAGGCUGUUCCUGGAAAAGAGGCAGUCUGAGAGGAGAAUAAGUCAAGUCAUGUGAGGGAGAUCUUUAGGCAGAGGUGGAGAAGCAUAUAAUUGGGUAGAAGAAUAAAGAUAAUCAGUAAAGGUAAAGGACCCCUGGGUGGUUAAAUCGAGUCAAAGGAGACUAUGGGGUUGCGGGCGCGCAUCUCACUUUCAGGCCAAGGGAGCUGGCAUUCAUCCACAGACAGCUUUCCGGGUCAUGUGGCCAGCAUGACUAAACCACUUCUGGCGCAAUGGAACACUGUGACGGAAACCAAAGCACACAGAAACACUGUUUACCUUCCUGCCGAAGCGGUACCUAUUUAUCUACUUGAACUGGUGUGCUUUCGGACUGCUAGAUUGGCAGCAGUUGGGACAGAGCAACAGGAGCUCAGCCCCUCAUACGGAUUCGAAUUGUUGACCUUAAGAUUAGCAAGCCCAAGAGACUCAGUGGUUUAAGUCAUGUGACGUAUUUAUGCUGCUCCUGGUCUUGAAACUUUACUCAUUUACAUAGAAUCAUUUAGUCCUUCGUGUAUUCAUCUAGUCAAAGCCCGGGCAAUGCAGGGAAUCCAGUACUAUAGGAGAGGCAUUCGUGGACUGUGGUCCAUUCCAGUUCAUUUUCUAAGUGGGUUGAAAGUAACAGGUGUUAACCUGAUACUCCUUUUCUAGCAAGUGCCAAUCUCCCGUAUCUGCUCCAGGGCUUUGCCACUUGUUCCCCAACCCCUGGCUAGCUUGCAGUCAUUUUGAGAUCACUUCUGAAAGCUCCUCAAUAUGAAAUUAGAACAGAAAAAAGCAAAAAACCCCAAGACUUCAGUAAUUAUUAUUAUUAUUAUUUCACCCAACCUGAGCCAUUGUUUGACAGUCAUUAUUUGAACCUGAACCUGAACCAGAACAAGAGUCCUUAGGUUUCCAGUUUGGUUUUUUUUGGGGGGGGGGGGUUAAAGCCUGUAUUGGCUAGACGAGUGAGUGAGGAAUUCUCCAGUUGUGGCUGUUUUUGACCUCAAGUGGGAUUUCCUGGCUAUUUGGAAUUGUUCCAGCCACCAAGUCUUUCCUCUUGCAGGCUUAUCAAAUUUGUAACGAGCAGAUUGGUGACUGGAAUGGUGCCAAGCAGCAGCCACAGCAGCAGCAUUGGCUGCCACAAUCCGGUCCCGAUUUUUAACUAUCAGAUCCUGGGCAUCAGAUAGCAAAGGCCCCGGUUUCAAAGUCCUGUAUCAAAUGUCCGUGUUUCGCUAUGACUGCAGUCCUGCCCAAGGCUACAUUGCUGAAAACCCGUUGGCUUCAGCUGUGUUCAGGAUUCUGGGCAAAGCAACUCGAGAUUUCAGUCUUAAUAGUGGGACAGAUUGGGAAAGUGCUUGGGGAUAUCAAUUUAGCUUGUGCGCUGAUGGAUUGCAUUGCGGCAAGUGACAGAGCUUUUGCAUGUGGAAGGUCUCUGGCUCAGUCCCCAGCACCUCCAGGUAUAGGGGAGAGAGUGGUCACCUCAGCCCAUGAAGGUAGCUAGUAGUAGAAGAAGAGGAGUUUGGAUUUGAUAUCCCGCUUUAUCACUACCCUAAGGAGUCUCAAAGUGGCCAACAAUCUCCUUUUCCCUUCCUCCCCCACAACAAACACUCUGUGAGGUGAGUGAGGCUGAGAGACUUCAGAGAAGUGUGCCUAGCCCAUGCUAGCCCAAGGUCACCCAGCAGCUGCAUGUGGAGGAACAGGGAAGCGAACCCGGUUCACCAGAUUACGAGACUACUGCUCUUAACCACUACACCACAAGACCCGGGUUCAAACCUCAGCAUCUCCAAAGUAAUGGUCUGAAAUCUUGGGGAGCCACUGCCAGUCGAUGUAGAUAAUUACAGAGGGGGAAAGGCUGGGGGUUUGUCUCUAGUGGAGGCCUACCACACAACCCCAGCAUCUGCUGCCUGACGUAGGCACCUCAUCUUGCCUACUCCCCACAAGCCAAUUCCUAUGUCCUUGUGAACACUUUCCAUUUGGUUGGAAUGAAAUUAAAUGCAGAAAAACGAAUCAUAUAUUUUUUUUAGAGUUGGAAGGGGAUUGAACCUGCAGCCUUGGCAUUAUUAGCGCCACACUCUUACCAGCUGAGCUAUCCAGGUAUCAUGCUUUCAACAUGUAUUUUGUAUAAAUGAAUUCUGUGUGCCAGGUUGGGGGUGCGUGGGGAGGGAGGGCAUGGCUGUCAACUUUCAGAUUUGAAAAUAAGGGAUCAGCAGCCUCGAAAAUAAGGAAUCGGCAACCUCACCUGUCCCGGGGACAGUCUAUGGGAUAUCUAACAAUCCGGGAUAGCAGUGGGAAGCAGCGGGAAACGGCGCUGGAAUAAGGGAAAUUCCCGCAAAAAAGGAAAGAUUGACAGCUAGGAGGGAGGGAGGGAGAACAAGAGAGAAAGAGUGAGUGAGAUACAGAGAUUACUGUAAGUCCUACAGGAUGCUUAACUGUAAAGCAACCGCAAGCAGCAGGGAUCUCUUAAUUGUCACAUUGCUGCAAAGUCUACAGUCUUUGGCUAAACUCUCAUAUCAAGCUACCGAAGUCAAAGAAUUUCCCACAGAUUUUUGCUGUGCUUUUAAGUAUGUGGCAAAUCUCCCACUGAGUUCAAGGCAGUCCAAAUUACAUCUGUCAGGUUGUUUUGAUUCAUUUGAAACUAUGGGCUUAAUCAGCUACACCCGGGGCCUUUUUUCACAUGACCAUUUGGCUCAAGCUAAUAACCCUUUUAACUUAUACAGAUUUGGGGUGCCCCCUGCUUCUCCACCAGUAGUGCUUAUCCAUAUGUACCAAAGCGGGGAGAAGCCACAGUGGCAGCUUCUGGGGAGAUCUCACGAGAGCGCUGUGAUAUCUUGCGAGAGCUCUGUAAGAUCUUGAUCUCUCUCCAGAAGCCAUUGCCACACAACCCUGGCAAGGAAGGCCAGAGGGGGCAGCGGCGGGGGGAUGGCACCUUUCCAUUUUGCCUCUGGCGGCAAAACAGGAUGGGCCACCCCUGGCAUACAUGUCACCAAGUUGAGCAUAGCUGCUAUGCUAGAUUUUUGGCAGAGAGUCACUGUUGCUAACCGGGAGGGGAAGGCUGUGGGGAUGUUGGCAUGGUGCAAACACACUGGCAGAACGAAUCUGGUACUCCUGCCAAUGUGUUUGCACCACGCCUAGCUCUCUCUGCCACCUUGCUCCUCUCCAUCCUGGUAAACCCCAGUCAGAUGUGGAUUUAGGGCAGCGCAACCGGUGUCCCCACACUGGGCACUGAGCCACGGGGGUGGCUGCAACUAUGACGUGGUGCACGUGCAUAAUAGAAGGUGAGAAGUGGGACACACCCCAUUUUAGCCUUGCACAGGGUGCCACUGAAAUUUGAAAGGCCAAAGUCUCCCUCUGCUCCAGGGGCCCACCCUCUGGGAAGCUGGUGCAGCAGCUCUGCCCAACCUCACAAGCCAUUUCUGAGCAAACUCUCUUGUGGACAGAUGUUGUUAGACUGCAGAUCCCAUCAUCCCUGCCUUUUGGCUGUGGUGGUUGUCACUGAUGGAGGUUGGAGGGCCACAAGUUUCCCAGCUAUGGUCUACUGAGUUCAACUGGGUUUAUUUUCAGGUAGGACUUCAGGCUUCACCUUCCUCUCCCUGUGGCUUCUCUGUUGAUCUGGAACCUCCUUAUGAUGCUUUCUGGUAGCUCUUAUUUUGUCUGCUGCUAUACAGAAUCUGCUAAUGAUGUGUUUGGUUAGGAGCCUUUGGGGGCUAUUGUUCUGUGAUGUUGUAUUUUGUCAGAUUAUGCUGCAAACGGCUCUAGGAUCUUACAGGAUGACUUGGAUGAUGAUGAUGAUGAUGAUGCACAGGACUGGUUGGCUUGGGUUCUGAUAGCUGUGAUUCCGGCAUUGCAGGGUGUUGGGCUAAGUGACCCUUGACCCCACAAUUCUAUGAUCCUAAUAUAGUCAUGGUCUUCUUAGUAAAGUAGUUGCUUCAAUAUGCCCACAUUCUUAAUGGAUUGAGUUGGGUUGGGGGUGGUUGUUGAUUCUGGUUUUUGUAGAUGGUUGCAGCAUCAAGCGGUGUGUCAAUGAACCACCACAGAUACAGAACAUCGCAAGACAGAUUGCCCAUCACCCCUUUAUCCAAUGCAUAACAGCAGGGGCGGAGCAAGGUGGGGGCGGUCUGCCCCAGGUGUCAACUCUGAGGGGGGCGACAUUUGAUGCACCGUCUGCCCGCGACUCCCACCUACCCCUACUCUGGCAGCCUUCCCUCCUCGUUUUGAUAGCCUCAUGCUCCCUAGCUGCUGGCAAAUAUUAAAAUACAGUAAUACAUCAAACAUUAAAAGUUUCCCUAAACAGGGCUGCCUUCAGAUGUCUUCUAAAAGUUUGGUAGUUGUUGUUCUCUUUGAUAUCUAGUGGGAGGGUGUUCCACAGGGCGGGCACCACUAUCGAGAAGGCCUUCUUCCUGGUUCCCUGCAACUUGGCUUCUCACAGUGAGGGAACCGCCGGAAGGCCCUCGGCGCUGGACCUCAGUGUCCAGGUAGAAAGAUGGAGGUGGAGACGCUCCUUCAGAUACACUGGACCCGAGGCCAUUUAGGGCUUUAAAGGUCAGCACCAACACUUUGAAUUGUGCUCGGAAACGUACUGGGAGCCAAUGUAGGUCUUUCAAGACCGGUGUUAUGGGGUCUCGGCGGCCACUCCCAGUCACCAGUCUAGCUGCCUUAUUCUGCAUUAGUUGUAGUUUCUGGGUCACCUUCAAAGGUAGCCCCACAUAGAGCGCAUUGCAGUAGUCCCAAGCGGGAGAUAACCAGAGCAUGGACUACUCUGGCGAGGCAGUCUGCGGGCAGAUAGGGUCUCAGCCUGUGUACCAGAUGAAGCUGGUAAACAGCUGCCCUGGACACAGAAUUGACCUGCGCCUCCAUGGACAGCUGUGAGUCCAAAAUGACUCCCAGGCUGCACACCUGGUCCUUCAGGGGCACAGUUACCCCGUUCAGGACCAGGGAGUCCUCCACACCUGCCCGCCUCCUGUCCCCCCAAAACAGUACUUCUGUCUUGUCAGGAUUCAACCUCCUGACAAGAAGCAAAAGGUCCUUUAACUCAGGACCCAAACCUUGGAACCACAAAAAGCUCAACAACCUUGGCCAAUCCUUCCCUAAAGAAAGCUCAACAACUCCUUGCAAUGAUAAUAGGUAGAUCACAGUCAGUCCUUUUAUACUGUGAGUAGAUGGCAGUCUCUUGGGAGUCCAACCAGAUUUCAACUAGAGUCCAAAUAAAUUUUCCACACCGGGUACCACCUGACCUUGCUAUGCCACUGCAUAAUUGUUUUCAAUGGAGCCAGUUCACAUGUCCAGCUGCUCCGUCAUCUGGCAGUGAGAAGCCAAGUGAUGGACACAGACGUGUAAGAAACAGCCUUGAAACUUCAAACUGCUGGCGACACAUUUUAGGGUGUGACUCUGUAGAUCCUGCCAGACCAAGGGUUUAGAUCUUUUAAGAAUGUGUCUCCAUUACAGAAUCUGGAAUAAGCUUUCUCUCUCUGAAGCUGUACAUGAAAGCAAGCUUACUGCCUUCUUUAAACCUCCCCCACUCUUAACUUUAAAAUCUCUAAAAAGGAUUCCUUUCUCUUUGACUCCUGUCCUUGUGAUCUGCUAGAAGUGAUUGAAUACGUCCUUUUCUAAGUUAUAAAAGGGUGUAGCCCCCAUCCUCCCCUCCCCCAUGCUGUAAAGCCCUGUAAGACAGAAAUGUAAACAGUUGAUGAGUGUUGUAUGGCUAUAGUUAAGUAGAAAAUCUUUUUUCCCAGCCUUUCAAAGGGAUGGUCCUCAAGCAUAUAAUGAUGUCAGAGGGUGUAGUUCCAAAUCAGAUGUGGCCAACAGAUGGUGUGCUGAAUAUUAUCAGCAUGCACACAGAAAAUAGUGAAUGUAAGGAAAAUGUGAAUAAUGAGGAAAGGGGCAGAAGUUUGGGGAUGGGUCUGGCUACACUGCCAGAGUUCGGUUUAGGAAUACAUUUCAUUUGAAAAAGUCUAACCAUGUGACACAUAUGUUUUCCUAGCUAAGGCAGCAACCCUAAACUCUGCAUUAGAGAGGUAAAGGUAAAAAGGUAAAGGACCUCUGGACGGUUAAGUCCAGUCUAAGGCUACUAUGGGGAUGUGGCACUCAUGGCUGAGGGAGCCGGCGUUUGUCCACAGACAGCUUUCCAGAUCAUGCAGCCAGCAUGACUAAACCGCUUCUGGUGCAAUGGGACACCGUGAUGGAAACCAGAGUGUACGGAAACGCCAUUUACCUUCCCGCCGCAGCAGUACCUAUUUAUCUACCUGCACUGGUGUGCUUUCGAACUGCUAGGUUGGCAGAAGCUGGGACAGAGCAACAGACAGAGCUCACCCCGUCACAUGGAUUCUAACUGCCCACCUUCCGAUCGGCAAGCCCAAGAGGCUCAGCUGGUUUAGACCACAGCACCACCCACAUCCCUCUAAAGAGAGGAAGUCCCACUGAACUUGGUGGAACUCUUGUUCUGAUAAAACAAGUAAGAUUAUGCUGCAGAGACUGUAUAUAAGGGCACAUUACAUGUGCACUUCAGAAUUCAUUGAAAUUCUCCAUUAGGGCUCCUCCAUUAUCCACCAGUCCUGGCCAUCUUGCUUGCCUUCUUACUUGUAACCAGUCCAGAGGGUGGCACUGACUGUCAGCCUCCUCCUUAGUCUCAAGUAUUGGAAGAUUUGGGACAGACAAAAUAAUAAUAAUAAUAACAUUUUAUUUAUAUCCCACCCUUCCCAGCCAAAGCGAGGCUCAGAGCGGCUAACAACAGUAAAAAUAAUACAGUUUACAUAAAAUCACAAUCGAUUAAUCAAAAUACAUUCUAAAAACAAUUCAGAGUCAAAUUAAUGGCAACCAUUGGGCUGGAGUUCUAUGAGGAUUACCAAAGGAUGGGGUCAGACUAUGCCUUGGCCAAAGGCCUGGUGGAACAGCUCUGUCUUGCAGGCCCUGCAGAAAGAUGUCAAGUCCCACAGGGCCCUAGUCUCUUGUGACAGAGCGUUCCACCAGAUUGGGGCCACAGCCAAAAAAGCCCUGGCUCUGGUCGAGGCCAGCCUAACCUCCCUGUGGCCCGGGAUCUCCAAGAUGCUUUUAUUUGAAGACCGUAAGGUCCUCCAUGGGACAUACCAGGAGAGGCGGUCCAGUAGGUACGAGCGUUCUAGGCAGCGCAUAGUUAAACUGUGGAACUCACUCCCACAGGAGGCAGUGACAGCCACCCACUUGGAUGGCUUUAAAAAUGGAUUAGACAAAUUCCUCGAGGAGAGGCCUAUUCAUGGCUACUAGGGAUGCGGGUGGCGCUGUGGGUUAAACCACAGAGACUAGGACUUGUAGAUCAGAAGGUGGGUGCUUCGAAUCCCCACGAUGGGGUGAGCUACCGUUGCUUGGUCCAUGCUCCUGCCAACCUAGCAGUUUGAAAGCACGUGAAAGUGCAAGUAGUAGUUCACCAGAAGCGGCUUAGUCAUGCUGGCCACAUGACCCGGAAGCUGUACGCCGGCUCCCUCGGCCAAUAAAGUGAGAUGAGCGCCGCAACUCCAGAGUCAGCCACGACUGGACCUAAUGGUCAGGGGUCCCUUUACCUAGCCAUGAUGGCUAUGCUCUGCUUCCCUUUGCUGGAAACCACAGGAGGGCAAAGGGCUCUUUUGCCCAAAUCCCACUUGAUGGUUUCCCACAAACAACUAUUCAGCCACUGUGAAAACAGGAUGAUGGACUAGAUGGGCCAUUGGGCUGAUCCAGCAAGCUCAUACAGUCAUACCUCAUGUUGCACAUUUUCAGGUUGCAUCCCGUGGCAACCCAGAAGUACCAGAAAGGGUUACUUCCGGGUUUCGCUGCUCGCGCAUGCGCAGGCGUGCAAAAUUAUGUCAUGCGCAUGCGCAGAAGCAGCGAAUCGCGACCUGCACGUGCGCAGAUGCGGGUUGUGUUCUUUUCAGGUUGCGAACGGGCCUCUGGAACAGAUCCCAUUCACAACCAAAGGUACCACUGUAUUAUGUUUUUAGAGUUGUUGCCCUUGUAGUAUGCAGCUGUGAGAAGGAAGGGGGCAGUCAAGAAUUAAUUGACCCUGAUUCCACCUACUGAUGGUCUCCCUGCUGUUUGCCCCCUCCAUCUAGUGGGCACCAACCACCAUUGGCUGUGAUCAAACAUGGCCAGCCAAGCUAUGCACGAAGCUGAAGUCAUUUCUUUACUUGCAGUAGACCCAUUGAAAGCAAUGGACCUAGUUUAGUCAUGUUCAUUAAUUUCAGCAGGUGGGACUCUUGAGUAAAACUUAAGUUGAAUACCAUCCAUGGAGUUGAAGAACUGAACUAUUACAGUCAUACCUCGGUUUUCAAACAACUUAGUUCUUGAACGUUUUGGCUCCUGAACACCACAAACCCGGAAGUGACUAUUCUGGUUUGCGAACUAUUUUGGAAGCCGAACGUCCGACAGGGCUUCCAUGGCUUCAGAUUGGCAGCCAAUCAGAAGCCGCGCUUUGGUUUUGAAUGUUUUGGAAGUUGAAUGGACUUCCGGUACGGAUUCCGUUCAGCUUCCAAGGUACGACUGUAUUUAUUUGUAUCCUGCCCUAUAUCUGCAUGUCUCAGGGUGAUUCACAACAUAAAGUCACAAUAUAAAAACACAAAAUACAUAAUAAAAGCAAAAACCCAAUAACCUCCCCUUCCAAAACACAUUUUAAAAGGGCUUCAGCUGUCAAUCAGCUGAAGGCCUGGUUAAAGAGAAAGGUUUUUGCCUGGCACCUAAAGGUGUAUAAUGAAGGCGCCAGCCGAACCUCCCUGGGAAAAGCAUUCUACAGUAUCCUCUUUGAAACUGCAGGCGAUUCUGGGCUGCUCUUUUCAGAUUGCAUGCAGCUUGCAAUAUUGCUGUUCCAAGCAAUGACUUCAGUUGCUUGCACAGCUUGGCUGACAUGACGGUACCACUGCAUGCAUCACAUCAUAAUUGGAAGUUAUUGUAGCCAGAGAAGUUGCUGGAAAAUCUUAAUCUGAAUGAAGGAAUGAUGGUGACUUGGCUAGGCUCCUAGUUCUUCCCCUUAUUUGAUGUUUGCUGAAAGCUAAGAAAAAUUAUACGCAACCCUGGGUGCCACUGAACUGGUACAUAUGGUACCUUUUCCCUCCCUGUAUUGUUUGAAGUCUGGUGUUUGAUUGCUAUAUAUGAGAGCUGAGGAUACAUGCCAAAUAAAAAUGUUUGAAAUGUAGGAGGGGGUCUAUUCCACCUAGGGAUGGCGGAGAAAUUUGAUUUAGUUAACAUUUAAAGGCAAACCUGCCUAAUUAACACUCUGAAACAAUGCGAGCCGAAACACAGCAACCCUUUGGAAUUCACACUUCUCUGAAUUUUUCAACUUAGCUGUCCAGUCUUCACGUAAUGUGUACAAAAUUCAUAUACUAUGGCAAAGAUUACAUAAGAGGCAUACAGUGGUACCUCGGGUUACAUACGCUUCAGGUUACACACUCCGCUAACCCAGAAAGAGUGCUUCAGGUUAAGAACUUUGCUUCAGGAUAAGAACAGAAAUCAGGCUCCGGCGGUGCAGCGGCAGCAGGAGGCCCCAUUAGCUAAAGUGGUGCUUCAGGUUAAGAAUAGUUUCAGGUUAAGAACGGACUUCCAGAACGAAUUAAGUACUUAACCCGCAGUACCACUGUAUAUUACUUUAAACUGCAUACAGAAAUGCAUUACAUUGGGCAAAAUUGCACACAAAAUUGUAUAGUAGGAUAAAUUUGCAUGAGGUUUUUUUAAAUAGAAGAUUGACAAAUCGUUGUGGAAAUGUGGAAAACUGAAUUUAGGAUUGGAGAAAUGAGAAGACGAGAGAACCUGAAAUUGACAAGAUUACCCACCCCUAACUACCACCUUCCUUUUCCUCCUCCCCACUGUUUUUAUCCUUGGAUCUUGACUGUUUUCACACACAAAUAUCGCAUCCUGUAGAAUUCUAUCUGUUACAUUUUAUCUGCACAAUCAGAAUGAAUUUCAGGAACCAAAAAGUCAUACUGGAAAAUACGGUCUUUGAGCUGUCUGGCCCCAAAAUAACAACUAGGCAUUCUGUUUUGGUGACUGUAAUCCUGGUUAGUACCUAACUUAUAUAUCUGAGUUUCUAACCCUGGGGUCUGAGGAGUAUGUCACUUGCUGCUGAUGCCUCUGCUGUGACCCACUCACAGAUCCAGGCCCAUAUAAGCAGCCUAUAGCCAGUUUUCUGGGAGACCGUUCCAUUGAACUCCUUUGAAUAGACUUGUCUAGGCUGAGUGGACUUGAAGGGUUGUGCUAAGUCUUGCCCUAUUGAAAUGCAACCCAGGUUUAAAGCAGAACUUUCUGAGAUACUGUCUCUCCCCACCCCCCAUGCAAUGCAAAUCUAUGCAUCUUUACUCAGAGGUAAGGCCUGUUGAAAUUAUCCCCACCUUUACGCAAUGCUAUGCAUACUGACCUGGGAGUAAGCCCCAUUGAGCAUUGUGCAAUGAAUUUCUGAGUAAAGAUGCACAGUGCUAAACGGCAAGUCUCUCUGUUCCUGGAAAGGUUUUAAUAUAUACACUUUGCUUAUUACUGUGGUGCCUUCGCAUCUUGUUCACUUGUUAAGUCUUGCAUUCUUGUUAGAUCAUGCAUAACUUGCGGAGUUUAGCAUUACGGAGAUUCCAGAGACAGACAAGCUAAGGAUGCCAAAAGUUGCCAGAUUCUAUUUCAAGUUCUGAAAGGGCUCAGCCUAUAUAUAGUCUGACACCUCCUUUCUCUCUCUCUCUCUCUCUUUAAAAAAGACCUUCUAAUAUUAGUAUAAGCAACACGGAAGAACAGCACAGCUGAUGAAGUCACUUUGCGCUUCAAGAUUUCUCUAGCAAGUUAAGACUUGAAGCUGGAGGAUAUUGUACAACUUUUCCGAGACACUUGUAACAGCCGACUGACAAGUGUACGAAUUUUUGGAACUCUUGCUCAUGGUUUUGUCACCUUGGAAAAAUGAUUGCUCUAGGGUUUUGUUUUUAAAGGGAGCUUAUAAACUGUGUGUGUGUGUUUAGGCUUGAAAAAAUAUGGGGUCACUCUAGGUGGUUUAUAUUUAAAAUUCAUGAAAGCAUAACAAUAGGAAUUCCAUACCCAAGAAAGGCUGGGUUUCAUCUCAAAUAUUGUUUUGCUGGUGUGUAACGUAAUACAGGUAUGGUGCAUUUCAAAUGUACGAAGCAUUUAACAUACAUUUUCUCAGUUCUCCCUCUUACAGUCCUGUAAGGCAGGCAAAUUUUAUCCCCAUGUUGUGGAGGGAACGUUGAGACCAAGAAAACAGUGAAUCAUACGAAACACCUUGUGAAUUGAUUGCUGUGAUGAACUUUGAACUAGGAAAUUGCACACAUUAGUUUGCUGCUACACUGUAUAUUCCUUGUAUAUGCAAUUUAUAGGUACUAGGAAGGCUAUGAAAAGGACAACUCUUUUAUUACACAUGCAUUGGGACUUAGCAGUUCUAGGUCAGGAAUCUAACAAGAAGCCUUAAUGGGAGCAUAGUAUCUAGAUCUCAAGAAGUAUUGAGUACCCCUCUAUUCUACUUUUGUCGGACUACACUUUGAGUACUACGCCCAGUUCUGAGCACCACGGUUUAAGACUGAUAUCAGUAAACUGGAAUGUGUCCUGAGGAGAGUGGCAAUGAUGCAGAAAAGGGAGUGGAAAUCUAAUCUUAUGGAGAGAGGUUGAAGGAGUUGCAAGAUAUGAUUAAAAGACUAUAUGAAAACCUUUUUUUAAAAAACUGUCAUAUAAAAUGAUCAGAUAUGUUUUCCGUCAACUCACGAGGGUGGUACCCAAGUCAAAGGGAUUUAUUAGACUAAACAUUAGGAAGAUGUUCAACAGUGGACCUGAUUGCUUCAAAUAGUGCUGGUCUAACCUUCAAUGGAAGCUGGAUGGCCACUUAUUAGAGAUGCUCUAGCAGCAGAGUUCCUACAUCAGCAAGGGUUGGACUAGAUGACAUUUGAAUUCCCUUCCAAAACUCUAUGAACUACAAGAGGUAGUUAGAAGCAGCUGGUUCUGUUACAUCUUGGUACUGCAGGACCAGGGAGAGCUCCCAGAGACUACAGGAGUUACAUCCCAAAUGGGAAAGAUAAUUUAAAGGGACAGCACCCUGGAAUUGAGCCAUGCAAUGUGGCACCACUGAAUGGGUUUAGACUGCGGCCACUGCCAAUUUCUAUUCCUUGGACAAAAUGUUUGAUCUGCCAGUCCUUGGUUCAAUCUCCUAACUUGAUUCCUUAGGGGAUCAAGGAUCUCCUAGGUAGACAAUCCUGGUUCAAGUCCAUAAAUAAGAGGUGUAGUCAUAUGGGGAGAGGGAUAAGAUACACCAUAGUUUGUAGGAAUUGGCAAUUUCCAGCUUAAGUGAGCCAUUAUCCACUAGUGUGUUUUUCUUGUUUUGCAUUUUGGUCUGUGCAACAUAAAAUACAGCCGUAAAAAGGACCCUUAAUGCACAUCUGUUUCCGAGGAGAUAAGCAGAAUUGCAUCCAGAAAUAUAGUUUGCUUGCGUCUUCUCUGCAGCUGCUUUCAAUUGUCCUCUGGUUGUACCCUACAUGAACCAGGUCACGUUGACCUAAGAAAACAAUGCGGUGUGAGGCACCGUGGUGCUGAUCCAGAUAAACCCAGGUCAUUUAGAGCCCUUACAUUUGUAGGGGAGCAGAACAUCAAAUGGGGGGAAUCAAGGGUGAAUGAUAGUGACUUGCAUUCCCCCCCCCCCGCUUUUGCUCUUAUUUGCAAGGCAUUUUAAGUAGACAUGCAGGGACCUGAGACUUGCUAUGUUCCCUUGGCACACACAGUUGCAAUUACCUUGUUGCCACUGUCCAACAUAUGAAAGACCAUCACAUCCCACCAUGGAGCCCAUAACAAAGCAAUGGUUUAUCUGGUGAUUAUUGCCUGGGCUUGUAGCACAAGAUCCAAUCAACAGGUAUCAGACAGGACUAAGUAGCAAGUACAAAAGUUUAUUGAUAAAACCUAACAUUUCCCAAGAUAUUCUAUAGAAACGCUUUGGGAAUUUUGAACUACAUUUCUCAUGGUGAAGAAGUAGCUUUUUAUAAGCUCAAAACAUGAUUCAUUUGGCUCCGUUGUUAAUGCAGCAUCCAAGAUAGAUAAAUACGCGCCAGCAUUUUAUGUAGUUUGAGUAGAACUAUAACCAGAUUGCACAUGAUUGUUUGCAAUGAUUCUACCAUUAUUGCUCCCUGUUUUUUCAAUAUUACAUAUGUCCCCCCCUCAAUCGGAAUCUGGAAGCUAUAACUUGCAGCUUAUAGCUGUGUCUUUGGUGUCAUAAACCUGUUUCCCUCUAUCUAGCUGUGGGGAACUUGUGGUCCUUCAGAUGUUGUUGGUGAGGCUACCUGACCUCCCUGUGGCUGAGUCGAUGCUGCAUCCCAGGAUGGAGAAGGGAAGGGGGAGAUGUUGUGGUGGGUUCAGUGCAAAUGCACAGGUGGAGCCUACCUAGUGCUCCCAUCUGCCUGUUUGCACCGCACCAGCCUCACUGCCCCCGUAUCCAAGAAUAUAACAGCAACUCAGGCAGAGGAAGAUCAGGUAAGCAGUGUAGCCUUGCCAUGCAGUCCACUGCUACUCCAUCUUUCAUCAUCCCUGACUAUUGAAUACAUCAGCUAGGGAGUUGGAGUCCAACAAGUGUCACAGGUUUCCUUAAAGGUAAAGGGACCCCUGACCAUUAGGUCCAGUCGUGGCCGACUCUAGGGUUGCGACACUCAUCUCGCUUUAUUGGCUGAGGGAGCCGGCGUACAGCUUCCGGGUCAUGUGGCCAGCAUGACUAAGCUGCUUCUGGUGAACCUGAGCAGCACACGGAAACGCCGUUUACCUUCCCGCCAGAGCGGUACCUAUUUAUCUACUUGCACUUUGACGUGCUUUCGAACUGCUAGGUUGGCAGGAGCAGGGAUUGAGCAACGGGAGCUCACCCCGUCGCGGGGAUUCAAACUGCCGACCUUCUGAUCGGCAAGUCCUAGGCUCUGUGGUUUAACCCACAGCGCCACCUGCGUCCCAACAGGUUUCCUUAUCCCUGCCUUAAACUAACCCGAUCAUCUCUUUUAUCCAGAAGUAUGCUUAAGUAACCAUGACCUGUCUUGAUCCAUUGCAGAUGCAUUGCGAGAGGUUUCUAUGUAUCUUGAGAAUACUUGGAACCACACUCUUUGGGGUGUCCCUCCUGCUUGGGAUCUCCGCUGCUUACAUUGUUGGCUACCAGUUUAUCCAAACGGACAACUAUUACUUCUCCUUUGGACUCUACGGUGCCAUUCUGGCUUCGCACCUCAUCAUCCAAAGCCUGUUUGCCUUCCUCGAACACAGGAAAAUGAAACGGUCUCUUGAGACGCCCAUCAAGCUGAACAAAACUGUUGCCCUUUGCAUUGCUGCCUACCAGGAGGACCCCAACUACUUAAGGAAAUGUUUACUUUCCGUGAAAAGGCUCACCUACCCUGGAAUUAAGGUGAUUAUGGUCAUCGAUGGGAAUUCUGAAGAUGACGUUUACAUGAUGGACAUUUUUAGCGAAAUCAUGGGCAGGGAUAAGUCUGCUACUUACGUCUGGAGGAAUAACUUCCACCAGAGAGGCCCCGAGGAGACGGAAGAGUCGCAUAAAGAGAGCAUGCAGCAAGUCACUCAACUUGUCCUAUCCAACAAAAGUGUCUGCAUCAUGCAAAAAUGGGGCGGGAAAAGAGAAGUGAUGUACACAGCAUUCAAAGCACUGGGGAGAAGCGUGGAUUAUGUGCAGGUAGGUAUGAAAAAGCCCUUCUUCACUGCCAAGUAAAACAAGCCUCCAAAGAAAGCAGGUCUUGUACAUCUUGUGCUGGACGUUGCAGCGCGUAGCCUAUCCUAGUCCCUCAGUGAACAGAGCGCCCCUUUCACUCUCCAUUUGGAAAACAGCAGGGCUGUUGAAAAGCUUUAGCUUCUGAAAUAGUUAAGGCUGGUUAGAUUGUACACAGUAACACGUCAUGCUGGUGGAGGGCCAGUUUUAAGGGGAUGGGCAGAAUCUGACACUGAGCUGUGCAGUUACUUAACUUAGAAGUGUUCACAAACCAUAACAAAUUCAGACACCAGUGCACUGGGGUAUGUGUGUGGCACUUAUGUGCCAAGGCCCCGUGACCCGCAGUUCCCUAAUGGACAAUAAACACAUGGACACGAGUAUUUUGGUUUAUGGGUUCAAAUAGGCCACAACUUUAUUACAGAUGUGAGCAGUUUGGCUUAGGCAUUGGGUGAAGCCAGGCUAGAUCUCUACUCCAACCUGCCUGCAGGAAGUCCAUCUAAGAGUAAACCACCAAUAGGGGGAGCCCUAUGACGUACAUCAAAUAGGGGCACCCCAAGGGGUUCCUACUGGGGUUGUGACAUGGCCCUAGCCCACGUCCGACAGAAUCGGACAGAAUCCACACCCCCGGAUUCCUUUAACAGGAUACCCUUACUGAGGAGGGGCAGGCAAAGGCUACAACCUCCCCUCCAUCCAAACAAAGGCUUACCCAAUGCCCAACCUCAAUGCCUAACCUCACAAAGAGAUUACCGUACCAUAUUCAUUGCAUACUGGACCUUAACUCAUGGUCCAGUAUGCAAUGAAUAUGGUAAGGGGAGCACCCCAAAACCUGCAAAUGAUAUCUAUGAUUACCUGGACCCCGAAGCAUCACCAGUUUGAAAUUGGGACAAACAUUGUGGCAGCCAUUUCUUCGCUAAAUGAUAUUCUUUCCCCAGUCAUAUUUUUUAAAGCAGGGAUAGAUUCUUUGCCUCUGUUUACACAUGCUUCUGUUUACCAUAUCUGUUUAUUGGCAGUUGUUUCUAAAUCCGUAGAUUAAUCACUUGCUGAAUUACAUAACCCGCAACAGCAGUUGGUGGGGUGGUAGCACUUAUCUGCCCUAUCACCUGUGUUACUGAAAAGGAGAAGGGAGAGGUGGUGGUUUGGCCAGCGCAGUGCAAAUGCGCUGGCAGAGCCAACCUGCGCUGCUGCCAAGUGCGUUUGCAUUCUGCUGACCUCACGGCCAACUCAUUCAUGGCUAUCUCACCCUUCCCAGUACACUGCAGUGAUGCAGGUGACAGUAGGUCAGGUAAGCACCACUGUCCUACCUUGCUGACCACUGCUGGUAACCUGCAUGAUGGCUACUAGCAGAAGCAGCUUGCGAAUGAAUCAGGGUUAUAAGACUGCAAAGACAGCAGUUAUAGACUCUCAGUGGGCUGUUGGUCUGAAGAAGAGCAUUGCAGUUUCAGUGUGGGUUGCUAUUUACUUGUCUCACGUAACUUUUUCAGAGGGGAUCUCCCACUAUCUAUUAGCUUACAUCAUUAGGGGAAAUGCUCUGUUUCUGGGAACUUACUUGAAUUCAAGCCAAUUCCUUCAAAAGGCAAAAGCGAUGGAGCUAUACUAGGGAGUUCCCGAUGAGGAACUCUGAACUGCAGCUGAUCCUAGCAAAGCUCCCAGUCAGAAACAAAAAGUCCAACUUACAAAGGGACACUCUGGAUUUCAAUUUUAAGUGCCCAGCUGUUCCCCAUACCUAUGAUGGGGUAUAGGGCACAGUUUGUCAGAAGCAGCUCAGCAAGCAAACUUGGGACUCACACCAGGCCCAAUUUACGCCCACAGUACAGAGGUUUCACCACUGCUGAGCUACAGGAAGUAGUGCGACUCAUGCAACACGUUGGCGAUUAAUAUACACAGAGUAAUAAAUUAUACAUUCUUUAUCAACCUUCUGAGAAAAAUACAAAACAUUAAACAAAGCCACAGAGACUUGCGAACUACCCAACCUAAGAUGAACCUAUAAUGUCUGGUUUCAAUAGGUUUUUCAAAUGCUUAACUCCGUCUUUUAGAUAAGUUCAUGCAGAUACCAACAAAAGGUAAGUUCGGUGUUAUUCACAGUACCGAGAGAUGCUAGUGGCGUUGUAGAUAGAUGUUAAUGAAGUUGUAGAUGACAGGGUGCCGGCGUUUUCCACUUGUUUCGCCCUGGCAGUCCAAGUAAUCAAGAGGCCGAUGUUGGCCCCCAAUGGGGCCCUUUUACAGGGGCUUGCAGGUAGCAAACUCCCAAGAUAGUUUUCCGGGCUUCUUCAGUGAUCUAAUCUCAAAGUCUUGAUACGUAUAUUGCUAUUCAGUCUUCUAGAGAAUACUCUUUCUUGGCUUAAGCUUAAGAGACUGAUUUGCUGAGCUACAGGAAGUAGCAAUUUAACAUGGAGAAAUGGAAGGGACGAGAGGCUGGAACUGAGUGGGAAAGGUUAUGCUUUCUGUGCAGAAAAGUCAUAGUUUCAAACCCAGCAUCUCCAGGGAGGAGAUUCCUGUGUGAAACACAGGUGAUGUGUGUGUGUGUGGGGGAAGAAUCUUGCCCUCAGGAUUGUGGGUGUGACAUCACACACACAUGCCUCCCCACAGCCAGCGAGCCACCCUUUUCCAUAGGGAGGAUCUCAGAGACUCUGCCUCCACAUCUGAGCCCCAUUCCCAGAAAAGGAUGCCCCACUCAAUGGUUGCAGAGGGUGGAGCUGAAGUGCUUCUCUCGGAGGCAGCACCACUGCCACCUGUCGGCUUUUCUCAUUGACUUUGUGGGUGUUUACACACACCCCCAAUUACAUAUUAUUGUGGGUGCCAGGGCACCUUUGGCCCACUGGAACUGGCUCCUAUGGAGGUGUUUCAGUGGCAGCAAGUUUAGAUGAUAGUAGACGAGAUCGUCCCAUAACCUGACUGUACAAGAGUGUCCUAUGCUGUUAUGAAGGGGUUGACCCAACCCCCUAUCUCUGGCAAUCUUUUUCUGCCUCAGUUGCUUUUAAGCAAAAAAUAUAUACAGUGGUACCUCAGGUUACAUACGCUUCAGGUUACAGACUCCGCUUACCCAGAAAUAGUGCUUCAGGUUAAGAACUUUGCUGCAGGAUGAGAACAGAAAUCGUGCUCCAGCGGCGCGGCGGCGGCAGCAGGAGGCCCCAUUGGCUAAAGUGGUGCUUCAUGUUAGGAACCGUUUCAGGUUAAGUACAGACCUCUGGAACGAAUUAAGUACUUAACCUGAGGUACCACUGUAAUGGGUACCCAAUCCAAUGGGAUUGAAGUUGCCUCACUGUGUUAUUUAACUAGGCCAGUUUCUUAACUGGUGUAAAAAAAAACCUGCCUUAGUUUAUAUCUACAAAUUGUUGAAAGCCUCAUUCGUGUUGCUGCUGCUUGCAAAUAAGGUCUCUCUUAGAAAGGUCAUAGAAUCUUAGAGCUUGAAGGGACCCACAGGUUAUCUAGGCCAACCCCCUGCCCUGCAGGAAUCUCAGCUAAAGCAUCCAUGACAGAUGUCCAUCCAACCUCUGUUUAAAAGCCUCCAAGGAAGAAGAGUCCACGGUUUCUCGUGGCAAUCUGUUCCACUGUCUUUAACAGCUCUUACUGUCAGAAACCUUUUUUGAAUGUUUAGCCAGAAUCUCCUUUCUUGUAACUUGAAGCCAUUGGUUCGAGUCCUACUCUCAAGAGCAGAAGAAAACAGACAUGCUCCGUCUUCCAUGUCACAGCCCUUGAGAUAUUUGAAGAUGGCUAUCAUUUCUCCUCUCAGUCUUCUCUUUUCCAGGCUAAACAUACCCAGCUCCUUCAAGUGUUCCUCUCUGUUCCAGGAGAUGAAGCCUAGCAUCUGUACCAUAGCCUGGGUCCUGGGUGCUCCUACCAGUGGUGACUGGUGCCCAGUGGGGCUGGUAAGGCAGAAGGCAAGGGGACUACAAUAUGGGAAACCAGAGCCAAUGAGCGGCAGACCCCCACCUCAUGGCUGGUUGUAAAUAAGGAGGCAGACAGGGGGGUAGGUUGAGGUUUUUGGGCACUGCCCCAUUGGGGUUAUGGAGCAGCCUUCAGUGGCCCUACCACAGUCAUUAGGAUAUGGGAGUCACCUGCCACACAGAAUUCACCCCAGUCCCUUGAACACCCAACACACUGUCAAUCUGUGGCAGUGUCUUUGUGCCGCAAAUGUCUCACACCAGGGCCUGCCUAUCUGCAUUCCUCCACAGUGAAGAGCCUUGAACUUUGGUAGCAGACAUCAGCUUUUGAAUCCUCACUCAGCCCUGAAGCUCAUUGGGGGCCAACAUUUACACCAUACAGUCAUACCUCUUGUUAAGUUUGCUUCAGGUUAAAUCUUUUCAGGUUGUGUCCCGCGGCGACCCGGAAGUACCAGAAAGGGUUACUUCCAGGUUUUGCUGCUCGUGCAUGCGCAGACACUCAAAAUGACGCCACACGCAUGCGCAAAAGUGGCAAAUCGUGACACGCGCAGAUGCGGGUUGCGUUCUGCUCAUGUUGUGAAUGGGGCUCCGGAACGGAUCCUGUUUGCAACCAGAGAGAGGUACCACUGUAUAUGUAAAACUUCUAUAAAAAGGUAAAGGACCCCUGACAGCUAAGUCCAGUUGCAGACAACUCUGGGGUUGUGGCGCUCAUCUCGCUUUAUAGGCUGUGGGAGUCUGCAUUUGUCCACAGACAGUUUUUCCGGUUCAUGUAGCCAGCAUGAUCAAGCCGCUUCUGGCGCAACAGAACACUGAAACCAUAGCAGCGCACGGAAACGCUGUUUACCUUCCCGCCGCAGUGGUACCUAUUAAUUUACUUGCACUGGCAUGCUUUCAAACUGCUAGGUUGGCAGGAGCUGGGACAGAGCAACAAGAGCUCCCCCUGUCGCGGGGAUUCGAACCGCCGACCUUCUGAUUGGCAAGCCCAAGAGGCUCAGUAGUUUAGACCACAGUGCCGCUAGAAAACGCUCAUGGCUUCCCUCAAAGAAUACUAGGAGCUGUAGUUUGUUGCGGGUGCUGAGAGAUGUUGGGAGACGCUCAUUCCCCUUGCAGAACUACAGAUCUCAGAGUGGUUGAACAAUCAGGGGAAACUGUGGCUCGGUGUGAGGGGAGUAGAGGCCUCUUUAACCACUCCCAACACCCACAACAAGGAGCUCCCAUAAUUAUUUGGGGGAAGCCAUGAUGGUUUAAAGUGGUAUCGUGGUACUUUAAACAUGUGAAUGUGGCCUAUUGGGACAUUCUUCUUUCUGUCUCCUUCCCUCCCUCCCUCUUUCUGUCUCUUGGCCCCAGUCUACCUCUCGUGAGUUUUUGAAAGGAUAAAAUGGGGGCAACCCACGCCCAUGUAUUCCUCCCCAAAGCUCAACGGCAAUUAUAAAUACAAGUAGCCUGCGUGAGUUAGUUCUUUGUAAGCUUUUUGCCCCUUACAUUUUACCAGGCCUAGUAAGGAAGGGGGGGGAUGUCUAUGUCAGAUGCAGCCCAGCUGGCAAAUAAUCCUUGCCUGCAGCUUGUACUUUGCAAAGGGGGUGGGUGGGUGCUGCCUAAUUCAUUUUUAAGUGAACGGUGUCACUGAGGCUUUAAAGGCCGAGCUUUUGCCUUGAGUGAGGUAAUGCAGCUGUAAAGGAUGAAGCCAACACUCUUUGGCUGAGGGAUCUCUCCUGUUUGUAUUUCUAAGCUCCCCUCCUCCUCCCCACCCAGCCACCGCCGCCUUCUCCCUGCUUCUUAACAAGUUUUUAUAGGGCUUUAAAAUCUCUCCAUUUUUGCAGACUCUGCCAAUCCUUUCAGAUGCUCUUUCUGAGCAGCAAGAGCAUCUGUUUGCAUAUGAGUGCCUCAGAGUUUCUCACAAAAUGAAUCACGGCCUCGGAUCCCAGCAAUACAUCUGGCAAAGGGGGGGGGAGGGAGAGGGCUUUUUAAUGUUUUGAUUCACGAUUUAUAAUUUCAUUUCUAGCCUCAGGUGGCAGAUAUGGUUCUUCCAUGCUCCAUAGCAUCCUCACAGCAACCCUGUGAGAGAGGUUGAGCUGAGAGCCGGUGACUAGCCCAAGGUAAAGGUAAAGGGACCCCCUGACCAUUGGGUCCAGUCGUGACCGACUCUAGGGUUGUGGCGCUCAUCUCGCUUUAUUGGCCGAGGGAGCCGGCGUACAGCUUCCAGGUCAUGUGGCCAGCAUGACUAAGCCGCUUCUGGCAAACCAGAACAGCGCACGGAAACGCCGUUUACCUUCCCGCCGGAGUGGUACCUAUUUAUCUACUUGCACUUGACGUGCUUUCGAACUGCUAGGUUGGCAGGAGCAGGGACCGAGCAAUGGGAGCUCACCCCGUCGCGGGGAUUCGAACUGUGACCUUCUGAUCAGCAAAUCCUAGGCUCUGUGGUUUAACCCGCAGCGCCACCCUCGUCCUAAGGCCAAGGUAGGGAUGGGGGAAAUAUUGAAUUCAGUUCGCAUUUAAAGGUGAAUUUACCUAAAUUGCACUUUGCGAAACUGUACACAAACCAAAACAUAGCUGUCCUCUGUAAUUCACAGCACUCUGAAUUUUGCAACGCAGUUCUCCCACCAAGUAAUUUGUACAAAAAUGUGUUUUCUAUAGUAAAGUGUGGAUAUAAAUUUCUAUAUUAGUGAAAAUAGCAUGGAAACAUACAUUCUGUUGGGGAAAACAGCAUUGUGAAAUCAUGCAUAGGAGGAGAAGGGCAUACAAAAACUGUGCUUAUCCGGAGAAAUUUGCACUAAAAUGCUUACAAUUUUUCAUGAGGUUUUUAAAAAAUGUAAACCAAUUUUGAAAUGGGGAGAAAAAUGGGGGGGGGGGGAGGGACACCGGAAGAAACCAAAAUGGACAGAUCUUUCCUGUUCCUAGCUCCAUGGCAAAAUAGGGAUUAGAACUCUGGUUUCCCAGGUCCUAUGACACCACAUUAGCUCUUUCAAAUAAGUGAGAUUUAUCAUAAAUAUCAGGGAAUAUGGCUACCCAAUGCUUCACAGAGCUUGCUUGUUAAUGUACCUGUCGCAUGACACACCUGACGUCCAAGGCAAAGCAGAAUCGCCACAUUGUGGUGCACUAACACCCCUAACUGGUUCUUCCCCUUAUCAGCAUUUUGAAGGCUGUUUUUGUUGCCAGAUGGACAAAAAGGUACCUCUAAUGGUCUCUAAGCCCAUAUGCAAGUGACUGUAACCCCCCCCCCGUGCUUCUAAAUGAAGAGGGUACAAAUUUGUAGAUCUAGUGAAUGGGAAAGGUGUAUUUACAUUCAUAUUUCAGUAUUCAUGCCUUUCAUGCCAGCUGUGAAUAGAACUGCUUGCCACCCAUUAAUCUAUUGGUCUAACUGGGAAACUAAUGAAUGGGAAAUACUAAUAAACUAUAGCAGGCUCCCCUAUAACCUCUUAGCACCACCCUUGGCUCUGUCCCUUGACCUAUCAGAUUCACCUAGGGUCACUGUCAGGUCUAUGACCUGCUCCUGGUUUAGUUGGUGAUAAAAGGCCUGGGUUUGAAUUCCUGCUUGAUCUGCGAAGUUUCACUAUGUGAUCUGGUCAUGACUGGUCAGCUCAACAGGGUUGUUUUGAGGAUAACUGGGGAGGAAGGAUAGGCCCAAGUGAAUGUUACCCAGAGCUCAUUAGAAGAACGCUUAGAAUAGAAACAUUUGCAACAAUUAGUGGGUGGAAGGAACUUUGAAUUUCAAUUCUCUCCGUUGCUCGUUUUUCCAAUAUUAAAUUUGCUUCUCCAGAUUUCUGCAGCCAUUUGCAUUUUUCAAAGCAAUCCUCAUGAAAAUUCAUUCAGUGUCACAUGGAAGGGGGGAACAAGCUUGUUUUCUCCUUCUCCAGAGGGUAGGACUCGAACCACUGGUUUCAAGUUACAAUAAAGGAGAUUUCUGACUAAAACUUUCUGACCAUAAGAGCUGUUACAACAGUGGAACAGUCUCCCCUGGGAGGUUGUGGACUCUCCUUCCUUUUUAAGCAGAGGUUGGGUGUACAUCUGUCAUGGAUGCUCUAUCUGAGAUUUCUGCGUUGCUACAAUUCUGUGAGUCUGUGUCCCUAGAGGUUGGGGAGACCAGCAGCAAAACCGGGCAUCGGAACGGGGCUGAUGCUCCUUGUGGGGUGCCACCUGAGGCAGCCAUGUCACUCAGCCUCACGGUUGUGCUGGUUUUGCUCUGUCUUCUGCCCUUAAGUGAGCAUCCGCUGCCAUGAUCAUUUUACUCAACAACAACUCUUUUCAAAGGAGAAGAAAGCCAUACCUGCAGAACAUUUCAAACAUGCUAGAAAUGAGAUCAGAAUAUCCUUUGAAACAAUAGGUAAAGGUAAAGGGACCCCUGACCAUUAGGUCCAGUCGUGACUGACUCUGGGGUUGUGGCGCUCAUCUCGCUUUAUUGGCCGAGGGAGCCGGCGUACAGCUUCUGGGUCAUGUGGCCAACAUGACUAAGCCGCUUCUGGCGAACCAGAGUAGUGCACGGAAACACCGUUUACCUUCCCGCCGGAGCGGUACCUAUUUAUCUACUUGCACUUUGAUGUGCUUUCGAACUGCUAGGUUGGCAGGAGCAGGGACCGAGCAACGGGAGCUCACCCCGUCACGGGGAUACGAACCGCCAACCUUCUGAUCGGCCAGUCCUAGGCUCUGUGGUUUAACCCACAGUGCCACCCGCAUCCCUUUUGAAACAAUACGAGAGCAUAAUAACAACAAGCAGAGCAACAUUAAAUGCUAUAAAAUGCGAGUGUGCGAUUAUGAGAAACAGUUCUAUAGGCAUGUUGUGAAUGAGGAGCGCUCCAUGAAAUGCAGGUUCAAAGAGAUCUGGUUGGCAGAAUCAGCUUCUGGAAUCAUAUAUACAUGAAUGGCUAAACCUUCUGUGAGUGAAAAAAAAAGGGGGCUAUCGUAUUUCUUCCCAGAUCCUCUGCCAAUUUUUAUAAGCAUCUGUAGGUUCACUCAUCAUUCAUUCCCCCCUUAGGACAGCGGGAAACUUUUGAACUGGGGGCACCAAAUGCAUCCGGUUUCCUUCUGUCAAAUGGGAUCAGGAAAAGUGCAGAACACCCGCAAAGUCGUCCCCCCCCCAACACACGCACACACACACAAACACACACUCUUCUCCAUGCCUCAUCUCAUGAACACGGUCCUUGUUCAAAGAAGUUGAUCCAAUGUGCUACCUCUGAUUCUGAGAACAGACAUUUCUUUAUAGCCACAGUACUCACACAACUGCUGUUACAUUUAAAGGGUAUGCCUGCUAGCUUGACACAAAUAGGGUUUAAAAGGAGAAACAUUGCAGAUUCCGGUGGGAAGUGUUUUAGAGCGAGCGGAGUCAGAUGUGAGGAAACAAAGAGAAUCUUUAAGCCUUACAAUGUGAAAAAGUGCAUAGUUGAAAUUUGCAGUUAAAAUUUGAAAUCUGCCAAAGGCAUCAUCCCCUUAUAUGAAUGGGGUGACCUUUUUUCAAGUUUUGCAAGUGUUGCUAAGCUUUGAAGAAGAAGAGGAGUUUGGAUUUGAUAUCCCGCUUUAUCACUCCCCUUCAGGAGUCUGAAAGCGGCUAACAUUCUCCUUUCCCUUCCUCCCCCACAACAAACACUCUGUGAGGUGAGUGGGGCUGAGAGACUUCAGAGAAGUGUGACUAGCCCAAGGUCACCCAGCAGCUGCAUGUGGAGGAGCGGAGACGCGAACUCCGUUCCCCAGAUUACGAGACUACUGUUCUUAACCACUACACCACACUGGCUUUGCCAACGUGGGUCCCACAACCUGUGAUUUGCUUGAUAGGAUUUGUUUCGAAACGCACCAUUUCUGAAACACAUAGUUUUCGGCAGUGCUGACUCUGGUUCCUUUAUUAAUUCCACAUUUACUUAUUUUUCUCAUGGACAGGUUUGCGACUCUGAUACAAUGCUUGAUCCAGCUUCAUCAGUGGAAAUGGUCAAGGUUUUAGAAGAAGAUCCAAUGGUUGGAGGCGUUGGGGGAGAUGUGCAGGUGAAUAUAGCAAUUUUCAAACUCUGCAUCAAAGACUGUAAAUUUAGGACCGCCUCUAUGUGCUCCCUUGAAAUUUUGCAAGUGAAGACUGAUAGUCACGCAGGAAGUAACAUGCAUAUUUUAUGUGCACUGUGAACAUUUCUUCUAUAGCGGAUGCAUAGAUCCAGAAGCCACUGGAUAUCUAGGCUGGAUUUGGGAAUAUUGAUCCAUGAACUUUCCACAGAAGACAUUCCUGUGUUAUGCCACAGUUCAUGCAUUUACAAUAUGCUUGCUAUUUCAUUCCGAGUAGGAAAUGGUAAUUCAGGCAACCCCGAUUUGCACGAGGGUUGUGUUCUGGGCCAUUGUGCAUGACAUAAGCCCACUCACACCCUCUUUUCUGCCUCCUUUUCCAGCCACUUCCAUACCCUGUCACAUGUCUUUAUUGGUCAUUGUCUGUACAUGAGCCAUGUACCCACCAACAUUUCUCCAAUGAAAAUAGGGACGUCCUAUUCCAUAAUAAUAUUUAUUAUUAGUUUAGCAUUUGUACCCCACCCAUCUGAAUGGGUUGCCCCAGUCGCUCUGGGUGGCUUCCAACAUACCUAAAAACAUGACAAGACAUUAAACACACACACAUCCCUAUCCAUCCCUGCCUUUAGAUGGUUUGGCGGUUGGAUAACUGAGCUUUUCUGCUAAUCCGAAAAGCCUGUGUGGGGCCUGUAUAGAUAAAAUGGACCCCAAUGUAAAAGAUCUGGGGCACAAAAGACUGACUGAGACAAGAUAAUAGAGUGUGCUGAUUACAGUGCUGCCAAGCCUAAUUCUUACACAAUAUAGUCCACAUGAAGCUUUGACUCUUGGAAUCAGUCAUUGCAUUUCAGGAGACUUAUUUGCUCAUAGGGCAAGGUUCAGAUUCUAAUUAUAUAGGGGUAAAAUAACAUGAUUAGGAAAGAGCAUAAGACAGAGAUGGGUGAUUGGGAUGGAAUGAGCUGCUGAUCUGGCUGUCCUUAGUGUCAAUGAGCAGGGACAUAAUAAUAAUAAUAUAAUAAUAAUAAUAAUAAUAAUAAUUUAUUUAUACCCUGCCCAUCUUGCUGAGUCUCCCAAGCCACCCUGGGAGGCUUCCAACAAAGUAUUAAAAUACAGUGGUCUGUCAAGCAUUAAAAGCUUCCCUAAACAGGGCUGUCUUCAGAUGCCUUCUAUAAGUCUGGUAGUUGUUCUUCUCUUUGACAUCUGGUGGGAGGACAUUCCACAGGGUGGGUGCCACUACCGAGAAGGCCCUCUGCCUGGUUCCCUGUAACUUGGCUUCUCGCAGUGAGGGAACCGCCAGAAGGCCCUCGACGCUGAACCUCAGUGUCUGGGCAGAAUGAUGGGGGUGGAGAAGUAGGAAGGGGGUGCAGGGGGUGCAGUGUAAUCCCUGAGGGGGUGACAAAAUGGCAAACCAUGGGGGCGGCACUUACCGCGGGGCCUGGUACUUACACGGUGGCUCGGGGCCCUAUGCUGCCUGACGGCUCGGCCCGCCCUGUGCCCAGAUCAAAGUGAAGUUGUGCAGUCAAAGUGGAUUUUCAGGUAGCCAAAAACAAAAUAAACCAGACCUUGGAAAAAGCUGGAGUCUAGAAAUAUACAGAAACCAGAGUACUUUGGUCUGGGGAACUUCGUUGGCUUUGCAGACUGUGAACUUGGAAACGAUAUGUACGCCUGUGUAGGAGGAACCCCAAGAUAAGGCACUGAGCAAUUCCAGGUCUUCUCCUAUCCCACAAGGCGGAGCCACACUAUCCAUUUGAAGCACACCCCACACUCAUUGAAAGUACACUGGUUCCCCCAAGGAAUCUUGGGAACUGUAGUUUGUUAAGGAUGCUGGGAAUUUGUAGCUCUAUGAGGGGGAAACUGCAACUCCCAGGAUUCUUUGGGGGCAGUUAUGUGCUUUAAAUGUGUGUCAGAUGUACUUUAAAUGCAUGGUGCUGAUCUGCACGCAGUUUGAAAACCACUGCCACAAAAUAUCGGUAACUUUGGUAUUGUGUGAGAGAGAACAAACACAAAGUGCAUGAUUCUUGCAUUACAGGAUUCUAUAAUUCUAUGAAAACAUGGGUGGGAGGGAGUAUCAGAAUAUUAAAAAUAAUGUAAGAAUAAAGCAAAAUUAUUAUAAGUCAAUUUGGAGAUAGUAUUUAACACCAGUCAGAUUAAACCAAAUAAACAAGGAAUAUCCGGUGUUAUGUUGGAGGGGAUGCCAGGAAAAAGGGAAUUAUGUUCACAUGUGGUGGAAGUAUAAAUAUGUAAAAAUAAAAAUAAAAAUAAAAAUUGGCAAAUGGUGUUUAAGGAGAUAACAGAAAUCACUGGGUUAAAGCUGACCAAAAGUCCAGAGGUAGCACUAUUAUCAAUUUACAAUGGGGUGGAAGGUUCACAGGUUAUGAAGAACUUGCUCACGAAUUUACUGACAGCUGCAAACAUUAUUAUAGCUAGGAAGUAGAAGGGGUAAGCAGAAUAUAAAAUGGAAGAAUGGUAUAAAGAGGUAUGGGAUAUAGCUAUUCAUGAUAAAUUAACAUGUGCCAUUAAGGUAAGGCACGGAAUAUGCAGGAGAAAUUAUUUUGAGAAGAUAUGGAGGGUGUUUGUAGAAUUUGUACUGUUAAAACGGAAAGGGGUCAAACCAUCGCAAGAGGUGUUGAAGGUGUUGGGAGGUUGGAUAGUUACAAUGGAAUGAAUGGUCUCAGUGGUGGGGUGUACAUUUUUAUUCUUAUUUCUUUAUGAUUAUUACUAUGUCAAAAGAAAAAAAAUGCGAAUGGCAGUAUUUUACGACAUACACUUUAUGGGUUUUGUUUUUAUAAAAACACAGUUGCACAUUCUUUUUCUUGUUCUAAAACUCCCUUUUCAUUGUUGCUGCUUGCAGAUUUUGAACAAGUACGACUCGUGGAUCUCCUUUCUCAGCAGCGUUCGAUACUGGAUGGCGUUUAACAUCGAGAGGGCCUGCCAGUCCUACUUUGGCUGUGUGCAGUGCAUCAGCGGGCCCUUGGGGAUGUACAGGAACGCCUUGCUCCACGAAUUUGUGGAAGACUGGUACAAUCAAGAAUUCAUGGGAUCUCAGUGCAGCUUUGGAGACGACCGUCAUCUCACCAACCGAGUCCUGAGCCUUGGCUAUGCAACGAAAUACACGGCUCGGUCCAAGUGCCUUACCGAAACGCCCAUCGAGUAUCUCAGGUGGUUGAACCAACAGACCCGCUGGAGCAAGUCCUACUUCCGAGAGUGGCUAUACAAUGCAAUGUGGUUCCACAAGCAUCACUUGUGGAUGACUUACGAGGCUGUCAUCACUGGCUUCUUCCCAUUCUUCCUCAUUGCCACUGUCAUCCAGCUUUUCUACCGGGGGAAGCUGUGGAACAUCCUCCUUUUCUUGUUGACAGUCCAGCUGGUGGGCCUUAUCAAGUCUUCCUUUGCCAGCUGCCUUAGAGGGAACAUUGUCAUGGUUUUCAUGUCUCUCUACUCAGUGUUGUACAUGUCCAGUUUACUGCCGGCAAAGAUGUUUGCCAUCGCCACCAUAAACAAAGCAGGCUGGGGUACGUCGGGCCGGAAAACCAUCGUGGUCAACUUCAUAGGACUCAUCCCGGUCUCCAUUUGGUUUACAAUCCUCUUGGGCGGCGUCAUUUUCACGAUAUACAAGGAAUCCAAAAAGCCAUUCACUGAAUCGAAACAGACCGUGCUAAUCAUUGGUACGAUACUUUACGCCUGCUAUUGGGUGAUGCUCUUGACUUUGUACUUGGUCCUCAUCACCAAAUGCGGAAGGAGGAAGAAGGAACAACAGUACGACAUGGUGCUUGAUGUAUGAUUCAACCACUGUGCCUCCCUUAACCCCAUUGUUUUUAUUUUCUUCUUUUGCUGCCCAUGGAAUCUUUCUUGUCACAUGACGAACCUUCUAGCAUUUGUGGUACUUGAGAUCAUCAAGGGAAAAGGAUCACUGCUGCUGGGACUUGAACAUGAACGAAUUCAUGACCAUGCCAAAGCAAUAAUAAUAAUAAUAAUUAAAUGUGAUUGUGCCUUUUUGUCGGGAAAGGGUGGGGGAGGGGGGAGAAGAAAAUCACACGGAUUCAACCCAUUCCUGUGGGUCGUCUCCCAAUGAUGCACUUUCUUCUGUUGUGCGUACGCCCAAAAGUGUUAACGUCCUAUAUACCUCAUUGGCCACGCUCCUGUGGGCGGACAUGGAAGAAAGGGAGUUUUGGAGACACAAGCAAAGGAUCUGGUAACCCAUUUUAGGAUCUGCAACCUAAUUUAUGAACCUUCUUGUUGUUCUGUGACUUUUUUUCCUAGGAAGGGGUGCGAGUGAGCAUGUGGGGUGUGUGUGUGUGUGUGUGUGUGUGUGUGUGUGUUAGGCUGCAAACUGUAAUUCCAAAGUCAAGUUUUUAUAAGGGUUUUGAUGACCAAGGGUUUGUAUUUUUAUAUAAUUGUAAUUAUUUGUCUCUGUUUACUUUUUACACCAGUCUUUUUUUAAAAAAAUAAAUAAAUAAAAACCUCGUAUUUUAUAUUUCUGCCAAAAAGUACACUAUUUUCACCCCUCCCCGCCACUCUUACAGUCUCUCUCGCUUUCCCCCCUCUAAAUAGGCUUUGAAAAACUCCUCCUUAAAAAAGAAAAGAAAAAGACUUGCCCACAAUGUGAAAAUGGUUUGCUGAUUUGAGUUUUUCCCCCUCCCACUAUUGAAAGAAGAAUUUUUUUUAAAGUCUCUGUAUUUUUAAACUGAUGAAUGUUUAUUUCUGUGAAAGUAUUUAAAUGUGUGCUUUUGACUUUAUUUGAGGGGUGGAAGGGAAAAUUAACAUCAUUGUCAAUUUUUGGAGGCAAAAUCUUUGUGCGCGCAAGGAAUAGCACAAUCCCCAGGAUAUUCUCCUCCUUGGAACCCCAUUGAAAUCCAUGGGAGCUGCGUUAAAUGAUCACAAACAGCUUCAGGGGACCAUUUGGGCAGAUGUCCAGUGCCCCACAUAGUAGAAUAAUUAGAGUGAGAGGACAAAAACACCAGGUUUGACUUAACCAAAUAUUGAUGUUGCAAUGAGACCAUUAAAUCCAGAGCCCCAAAUUCCACCUCCGGUUCUGCACAGCUCCCACCAAUUUCAGUGCGAAUUGUGGAGGAGAACUUUCUGCGGGAUUGGGCCCACAAAGGCCAAUGGGAUAGAUACGUGCAAUCUUUUUCUCCUCCCCAUAAAAGUUUUGUAAGAGGAAACUUAUAACCCUCUGCCAGAUGAUACACAGGCAUUAAAAGCAGUCUUCCAUCCCACCACC